AUGUCAUAUUUCGCCAAACAGUGCAUCCGCAGGGUAUUGGCUCCAGCUGUAUCGAUAACAAAAAAAUCAUGCUUCUCUACUACUAAUACUGCAUUUACUCCAAGAGUACAAAAGCCAGCCCCUGAUUUUGCUGCUACUGCUGUAGUUAAUGGAGAGUUUAAUCAGUUGAAACUGGCAGAUUUUAAUGGAAAAUAUGUUGUACUUAUGUUCUACCCAUUAGACUUUACUUUUGUAUGCCCAACUGAACUUAUUGCAUAUAGUGAUAAAGCAAAAGAGUUUGCUAGUAUUGACUGUCAAGUUAUUGGAGUAUCAACUGAUUCAGAGUUCAGCCAUCUUGCAUGGAUUAAUACACCCAGAAAGGAUGGUGGUUUAGGAAAAUUAGAUAUACCUUUGCUAGCCGAUUACAAGAAGCAAAUAUCUCAAGAUUAUGAUGUGCUUUUGGAUGAUGGCUUUGCUUUACGUGGUCUAUUCAUUAUUGACAGAAAUGGAAUCUUAAGGCACAUGUCUAUAAACGACUUGCCCGUGGGACGUUCAGUUGACGAAACUUUAAGAUUGGUUAAAGCAUUCCAAUUUGCCGAUAAACAUGGAGAAGUGUGCCCUGCUAACUGGAAUCCUGAUACAAACGCAGACACAAUCAAACCUAAUCCUAAAGGAAGCAAGGAGUACUUCCAGAAAGCCAAC